CCUGGAGAGCGGCAAGCUGGAAGUGCGUAGGUAACACACGGCAUCUUUGGGAGACAGGGCGCAUUGUCUGGCUCGGAACCAGGAGCAAGUAAGUUCAGGUUCCGCAUCGGACUUGAUUGAUUUGUCCGGACAGGACAAAUACCGCGUAGCUUCUUAUAUUCAUGAAAAUCUGAGGUUUGAAAAACAAACCAGUGGGAUAUCCUAGAAAGUUUGCGAGCUUCGUCCACAUCACCUUUAUCCUCAUGGAAAUGUAGACUCACCCUGAAACAAGAAUGGUGUGGGGGUAGUCAUACGGAGUCUUGAGCUGGAACUGGGAGCAGUUUUCGAGAGGAUAGAGGGGGGAGACAGUUGAAAAAACUUUUCUCCGCGGAAGAACAAAGCGGUGACUGAGCUGGAUUGUUAUAAAUCAGUCUUUACACACGGAUUCCGCAGACAGAUUUACAUAUUCCAAGAUGCGCCUGUUGAGCACGUUGUGCGGAUGUAACCGUGGAGAAAUCCGUGGGAGAACACAGAAGUCCGGUAUGAUGCACUUACUUUUCCUCCUCGCGGUCGCACUGUCCUGUCACGGCUGUCCGGACAGAUGCUUGUGCUCCUCACAAACUGUAAAAUGCCAAAACCAGGACUUGGACGAGAUUCCGCAUUCUUUACCGAACAAUACCAAAAUUCUGUUUGUCACAGGAAACAACAUUUCCCGUAUUAGUGUGGACUCUUUCCCAACCGGCCUAAAAUUAUUAACAGAUCUCUAUCUCAGUGGGAAUGAGAUGGAGUCUGUAGGUGCAAUGGUAUUUGACAACAUGCCAAACCUUGUGCGGCUGGACUUGAGCAACAACAAAAUCGAGACUUUCAGUGAAAGAGCUAUCCCUGAUGAUAAUAAGCUGCAGGUCUUGAACCUCAGUAGGUCUUUUCACAGUCAUUCCUCCAUGGAUGUGAUCCUAAGUGUCCUACAGCAUGGAAACCUCUCAAUGCUGAAAGUCUUGGACCUGUCCAACAACGAUCUGGUGAUUCUCCCAGACGACAUAUUCACGAGCCUCUUCAACCUGAUCAACCUCAGCCUGCAGAACAGCUCCAUCAUCUCCAUCCAGAACGGGACGCUGAAGGUGCCCCCGCUGCGUGACCUUGACCUGAGGGACAACAGCCUGAGGUAUAUGCCGACCACCACCCUGGCAGAGUUCAGCCUCAAGCCUAGUCUCCACAUCUGGCUGGCGGGGAACCCCUGGCGCUGCGAUUGUUUCGUGGAGGAGAUGUUGCUGUGGCUCAAAAACUCCACUCAGGUCAUUGACAUGCAGAACCUGACCUGCGCUGAUCCUGAGGCCCUGAGACGCCAGCCACUCCUGCAGGUGGAGUCAUCACAGCUGAAAUGCGUGGGCGACAUGGAGGGCGUGCUGGAGACAUCUUAUGUUUUCUUGGGGCUGGUGCUGGCACUGAUUGGCGUCAUAUUCCUGCUGGUGCUCUACCUGAACAGAAAAGGCAUCAAGCGCUGGAUGUACAACAUCCGAGACGCUUGUAGGGACCACAUGGAGGGGUACCAUUACAGAUAUGAGAUAAACUCUGACCCAAGACUGGCCAAUCUGAGCAUUAAUUCGGAUGUGUGAUCCAGGAUGGGACACUGUCUGGGACCCCACAGUGAGAUAUGAAAUGACUUCAACUAUUAAGAUUUGCAUGAAAGUCUUCCUCCCCUUCCCCUUUUCCCCCCAAGAUGCUAUUCAGAUUUUACAUCACAUGUCGUGACUCCUUGUCUCACAACCUCCAUUCAACCACUGCCGCAUGUCCUGUACAACUCCCUGGCAGCUGUGAUGUCAGCUGCCAGGUGUUACAUUGCAUGGACAAUGAAUCAUGGGAAAAGGGUUUUUUUUUUGGAGAGUUGCAAAGAGUGAUAUGUUCUAUUUUUACUCUUCCUAGAGGAUAAACGGACGGAGUACAUUGACUUUAAAGUGAAAGAAUACCUGGCAAAAACAUACUGCUGGUCAUUGCAUCCCUCUCAUUAUGCCUCUGCUGCAGAGAAAUGCUAUACUGCUUGUUUAUAAGUUUGUUCUUUUAAUAUGUGAAUUUGUGAUAUACAGUAUGCCUUUUUUUGAAUGAUUAUAGUGCAGAUUGCAUAGUUUUUGGAUUUAGUAGGUGGAUGUGAUUGCUCUUUUUUUUUCUGUGAAGAUAUUCAUCUAAA